AUGCCGACAUCCUCUACCUGGUCGAUAUGAAUUCUGAUCGUCAACCUAGCCGCGCAUUGAUAAGCCUUCAACCCGGUGCCGUACAUCCUCCACCUUGAUCACUCACCUCUUUUCCAGUCCUGCAGCACCCGCAUACCAAGCCUGGUCACGAUUGGGGGUACCCGCGUAGGGAAGCUAAACAAUGUACUCCAGUCCGGCACUCCAUUUUCCCCCCCAUUUUGUUUCCUUUUUUUUUUCUCCCGUCCGCAACAUUGGCAUUCUAGUCAGUUGGAUUUCAUACAGGACCUAGAGACCGACUUGACCCAAGUCGGGACCCCACUAAUGACUUGCCAAUUCAUACGGGCGAACUCUGCGUCACUGUCGCAGUUGUUCUGGUUGAUUCGCGGCUGGGUCUUGUUCUUGAUAAAGUCACGAUGCAAGUCGUGGUCUGGACCCCUCUGUCUCACGCCUCUCCAAGGCGGUUCUGCUGCACAAGGAAGCAACCCAUCAACUGCCGCUCCACGGCGAUGCGCUCAGUCCUCAAUCCUGACAAGGACAAUGUGACAAAGGGGGAGAAUGUGCUAUUAGACAGAAGAGAAUAAAAAAAACCACCCUUCGGGAACCCUUCAGC